UUAUUGAAUUGUACAUGUGCUUGUGUGUGUUUUUAUGGGACGUGUUCUGCCGGAGCCUUUGGUGUGGUGCCGUGUUUCACAAGAUUUGUCAUUAGCUUCAAAGUGAGCAGUAUGGUCUGAUUACAAGGGGAAGAAUCGCACCCCUUAAAGAGCGCCAGAGAGAAAACAAUAAGGUUCCCAUAGGAAGAGAUAACAAAAGCUCCUGAAGGGAGGAGAGACGGCAGCCAUGGCAUCAGAUGCAAGUCACAUCUUGGAGGCGGCUCUGGAGCAAAUGGAUGACAUCAUAGCAGGCACAAAGGCAGCCACGGACAGAGCGUUUGAAAUCGGAUCCCUAGUUCCGGUGGAGUACUUUGGAACCAUAUCGGUUUUGUAUCUCAUGGAGGAGCUGAAGAUUUCCCUGGAAAUGGUACAGAACUCCCAGGAAAGAGAUGUGCUCCGCAAUCAGAUACCAAAUUCCACGGCCUCCUAUCUCAUGGAAUGGCUGCAGAGCAACUUGGUAAAUUACACAGCAGUAAAUAAUGAAACCUACCAAGAAAGACUGGCACGACUGGAAGGUGACAAGGAAUCUCUAAUAUUACAGGUGAGCGUGCUCACUGACCAGGUGGAAGCCCAGGGGGAUAAGAUCCGAGAUCUGGAGUCGUGCGUGGAGGAGCACCACCUGAAGCUGAAUGCCACCGAGGAAAUGCUUCAGCAGGAGCUUCUGAGUCGCACCUCGCUGGAAACACAGAAGGUGGAUCUCAUGGCUGAGCUUUCCGACCUCAAGAUCAAGCUGGUCGGCCUCGAGAAAGAGAAGAUUAACUACGAGGAUUCGUACAGUAAAGCAGAAUCGGUAGUGAAUCUGAUAAAUGAGCUGCAGGAGCAGAUGUGCAAACUUCAGCUGGAGAUCAAUAAUAAGAUCCACGAGAGGGAGGCUAAGGGUAGCCAGUCUGACUUAAUAAUUAAGUCUCCCUAUGCCAGCACUUAUUGCCUUACUGAGAGCCCCCAGCAGAUGCAUUGCCCCGGAUGUGAAGGGAAUGAAGAGCUGCUACAGGAAUUAAAACAUCUUAAAAUAAAAGUAGAAGAGCUGGAAAAUGAGAGGGCCCAGUACGAAUGGAAAUUAAAGGCAACAAAAGCAGAAAUUGCCCAACUACAGGAGCAGCUGGCAUUAAAGGAUGCUGAAAUUGAACGGUUAAAAAGCCAAAUUUCAUCCAAGACCAUUGCACAGAAUGAAUCCGCAGAAAGAGAAGAAGCAUUUAAGAGAAGGAUAAAAGACAAACAUCAAGAAGUUCAGAGGUUAAAGGUGGGCAUGGAGACAUUAUUAGCUGCAAAUCAAGAAAAGGACCGUCGAAUAGAGGAGCUCACGUUGCUGCUGAGUCAAUACAGACGAGUGAAGAAUUUUGUAAUGGCAGCGCAUGCCUCCUCUGAGCAAAUGCAGUCCCUAAGCAGCGAGGAAGAAGUGGAGGCCACUUUAAGGAAACUGAAUCCAGUCAAUAACCAGACGAACGACUUACAAAAACCAGAUACAUGCCCAGAAGAUUCUCCUCCAAUCACAUCCCCUUCAUCUGCACCAAAUAAUAUACAAACCAGUAUAAGCACAUUGAGUCCGUCUGAACCCUGCCCGGCUCCCUGGGAGGAGACACCUGAAUAUAAAAACAGAAUUCUACCCAGGAACCUUUCAACUAGUCUGGAGGAUUUACAGUGUGCGGAAAAGCAUGUUGAUGUGGAAGUCACUGAUCCUGUUCUAACAAAUGAGAAUAAAGUUCACGUCGAAGAUCCUCGAUACCAAACUCUACCAGGAAAGCUUUCUCGGGCCAAUCAGAAUGGAGCUCAUGAUCCCCACCGGAAGCUUACCUCCCAAAAUCUCCUCCAUGUCCCCAGUGAAACCAAUGGCAUCCAUGACUCCUAUAUCACCCGAAGUAUCAGUGCCCCGGUCAUAGGCGAAAAGGAGAACAAUCUGGAUAUCACAUUUACUUCCAAUGAUCUUUCCCUCUCGUCUGAGACUGAUUCAGCACCACAAUCCCCUCUGUCUCCUGAAUCAAAGAAAAGCCCUAAAGGAAUCAAAAAAAUUUGGGGAAAAAUUAGGAGAACUCCUUCUGGAAACUUCAGCAUGGAUGGAGUUGCCUUGUCUGAAUUUAAAAGAGGGGGUUUGCGGGCGACUGCCGGGCCAAGGCUUAACCGAACAAAGGAUAACCGCAUUAAAAACAGUGACAGCAACGCUCCUUUUGCUCAGUGGAGCAAUGAACAAGUGUGUAACUGGUUAGAAGACCUGGGCCUGGGGCAGUAUGUGAUCUUUGCCAGACAGUGGGUUAGCUCCGGUCACACCUUAAUAAUGGCCACACCACAAGCUUUGGAAAAGGAAUUAGGAAUAAAGCACCCAUUGCACAGAAAGAAACUUCAGCUGGCAAUUAAUACUAUAAGCGGCAAAAAGGAAGAGAAAUCGGGGCAACUGGACCAUAUAUGGGUGACACGGUGGCUCGAUGACAUUGGGUUACCGCAAUACAAAGAUCAGUUUCACGACUCAAGGGUUGAUGGGAAAAUGCUGCAAUUCUUAACUGUGAAUGAUCUCCUGUUUCUGAAAGUCACCAGUCAACUGCACCAUCUUAGUAUUAAAUGUGCCAUCCACGUCUUACACGCCAACAAGUUCAAUCCACACUGCCUACGACGCCGACCAGCAGAUGAGAACAACAUCUCUCCCUCAGAAGUGGUUCAGUGGUCCAAUCACAGGGUUAUGGAGUGGCUGAGAUCUGUGGAUUUGGCUGAGUACGCACCUAACCUACGUGGCAGUGGUGUCCAUGGCGGCCUUAUUAUACUGGAACCCCGAUUUAACGCCGACACUUUGGCCAUGCUUUUAAACAUUCCACCCCAAAAGACCUUAUUAAGAAGACACUUGGCAACCAACUUCAAUUUGUUAAUUGGCCCAGAAGCCCAACAAGAGAAGAGAGAAAUUAUGGAUUCCACAACCUUCUCCCCUUUGUCUACCGCUGCUAAAGUCCGGCCAAAGAAAAUUGGCUUGUCAAAUUUUGGCCAGCUGCGGAAGAAGAAAUUAGACGAAACGGCAGAUUACGUGUGCCCGGUAGACGUCGUGAAUGGUACCCAAAAGGGCUACAGUGACUUCAAAGUCACAAGCGUGAGCUCCACCAAAGAGAAUGACAAAAUGGAGCAGAUGGAGCACUCGGAUGGUAUGGUAAAGCAAAUAGGGGCUUUCUCUGAUGGAAUUAAUAACCUCACAAACAUGCUCAGUCAAGAUGAGCUGCUAAACAAUUACAGGUUCUUAUCUGCAUAUGGUACUUGGAGAUAAGACCAUAGGACAACUGGACAUUUCAGCAUUCCCGUGGGAGCUUAAAACAAUGGCAGAAACUAGAGGAAACUCGACGUACAAAUCAAAAACAGGCCCUCUUGUCUGUAGAGGAUGAACUAUAUGGGACACGUGGGGGCUCAUUUUUUAACAUAAGUGCUUUAUUGCUCCAGUGGUGUUUGCUUUCAUUUUCUAAGUAAACUAGUCCCAAUCAUAUUCCUCUAGGGGCCUUAUAAGAUGAGUAAAUCGCACUCCAGGGCACAUUGGAAGAGAGGUCACUGCCUUUCACUAGCUGUGCAAGAAAAAUAGUUCCUGCCUUCCGGGGUACUAGGAGGCCCAUUGAGACACUGAUGGUGAUGAGACAGGUCUGAUAUCAGAAAGGAGCUCAGAAGUGUUGAAUCUAUACAGGAUAAUGGUACUUCAUGUCCGUGGCAUCAACUCUACAGUACAUGGCAAAUAGAGGCUCAAACCAUUGGCCACUAUCAUUGUGUUUUUUUCUUAUUUUCAUGUUUUUUAGCGCUGUCUGUAUAUAUUGGAACUGUAUAAUGAUUUUAGCUUCUUCCCUGCGCAAUGACUGUAGAUUGCACCCGAUCUCUCUGUUUUUUUUCCAUUGCUGUUAUAUUAAUGAGUGCAAUAAAGUUGCUCAUUUUUU